UAAGAGCUGUUUCAAAUCUGUACCGGUGUUUGUUGCAAAGAAGGAAAUAUUCGCACUGUUACACACUAUGGAGAUACAAUUUUGGGAUGAAAGUCAACUUCUAACGGCUCAACAAAAACAUAUAUACAACAAGAAACAUAGAGAGCUGAUGAAAAAGUGCAAGUUAUACGUAUGUCUGUAUCUCAUGACACUUAUAUCAUUUUUUUUGAUUCCUCUUGUCAGUGAAGGACAAGCUCUAUCAUUUGAGUUAUAUAGGCCUCAAUUCAUACCAUAUUACUACCAACUACUUUUAAACAACAUGUGUGGAGUGUUGAAUACUUUGUUCACAAUUUUGCCUACUGAUAUGUUGUUUUUAUGCUCUAUCACGCUCACUGAGAUACAGUUUCGACUGUUAGGCAGCCAAAUAUCACAACUUUUUCAGAAAAGUGGUGAACUUGACUUUGAAGCCCGAAAAGAGUUGAGUAGAUGUAUCAGGCAUCAUGGAUUUCUUUUGAGGUAGAUGAUAUAAUUAUAAUGACUAGGAGUAUAAUGUACAUACAUAUAAUUAAAAAGGCAUAGAUUAAUUGUGG